UUAAAUGAUACUCCGGAGAGUCUUAAUCAAUGUUGGAAAGAAGGAGAAAAAUGAACACAUCAAAAAAUAAUUAUAAUGAAAAUUAUAUGUGUUGGAUACUCUAAAACUGGAACUAAGUCAAUGACAAAAGCACUAACUGAAUUAGGUUUUGUCGUUCACGACUUUGAACAACAUUAUGAUAUCAACUUAGAAAACUACAUAACACUUUUAAAAGACGAAGAGCAUGAAGGUUUGUUAAAAGAAAUGUAUGAAACAGUAGAUGCAGUUAUUGCAUUCCCUUCUUAUAUUAUUUGGCAAAAAAUAUUCAAAGCUUUUCCUGAUUCGAAAGUUAUACUAACAACAAGAGAAAAUUACGAAGUUUGGUUCAAAUCAUUUGAAAAGACGCAUAGUUUAAUGGAAGAAUCAAGAAGUAAAAAAUACCUUCGGUCGUUACUGAGUUCCACAUGGUCGAAUAUACAUUUAAUGGAAGAACUAGCUUUUAAUAAAAUUUUUCCGCAAAAUAUGUCAACUACUCUUAAUAAAGAGAACUGGAUUAACAGCAUUCGACUUCAUGAAGCGAGCGUUAAACAACUUGUUCCAAAAGACCAAUUGUUGGUUUACAAAGUCGGAGAAGGCUGGGAAAGAUUGUGUAAAUUUUUGAACAAAAGUAUUCCCGUGACCCAAUUUCCAAAAGAAAAUAUUACAGAAGGAAAUAAUGUUCCAAUUGUUGCAAAAUCUAAAACAUUUAAGGUGUUUCAAAUGGCGGAUAAAGAGUUUUGGAGAUCAUGUUUGUUGUUUCAUGUAGUUAUAUCAUUGUGUUGUGGAAUUGGAUUUAUCUUUGUAAUGAACAUUAAAAAUUUCAAUGAUAAAUCAAUUAUGAAUAUUGAUGGGUACAACUGCUACAAUAAAAACAGACCGUUUGGUGAAAAUGGUGGAAGAGUAGUGAUUUAUGCAAAAUCAACAUUUAUCACAACAAGUGUUAGUCAUUUAGCAUUAUGUGACAAUGGAAUAGAGCAGAUAUGGUGUAGUUUGACCAACGGAUCAAAACAUUUAUUAAUUGGAUGUAUUUACAGACCACCAAGUUGUCCAGAAGGCUUAAACACUAAAAUUAACUCAGUGCUUGGAACAGCCAAAGGUCUAGUAGACCAAAAUAAAAAUUCACUGGAUAACUGCAAAAGGAUUAGAGACGUAGAAAUAGGCGCACCACUUGGACCAAUUGAAAAAGCACAUUAUGUAAUUCAAUUCAAAUAUGACAUGCAAGAUGCUGACACAAUCCCUAUACAACUUAAUAGUAAAGAUAUAAAUUACCAAAGAGGAGACUAUGAAAAAAUAAAUCUUGGUUUUAAUUUAAUAAAUUGGUAUGAUUUAUUCAAGGAUUUAAACGUGGAUCAUUGCUACAGUGCUUUCGUACAAAAAUAUAAUGAGUUGAUUGAAUUGAAUAUUCCUAAAAAAAGAGCCAGGUAUGAUCAAAAAGUUAAAAAAGACUCAUGCAUAACAGACGAAAUUAAAGCAUUAAUACUUCAGCAAAAAAUGAUUUCUUUGGAUGUCAACAAAGCAUGUGGUAGUGAUGGUAUUAAUCCUUACAAUGGAAAUACAACAGAGCCGCUUAGCUACAGACCCGUAUCAUUAACAUCUAUACCAUGCAAAGUUAUGGAAGCUUUUAUAAAAGAAGCGAUAAUGACUCAUCUGAUGGAAAAUAAAUUGCUAUCAAAAAAUCAACAUGGCUUCGUAAAAAAUAAAGCCUGUGUAACAAAUUUGCUAGAAACAUUAGACAUUUUAAUAGCAAACAUGAGUGACAGUUUAGCGGUAGAUAUGAUUUAUAUGGAUUUUGCCAAAGCCUUUGAUAAGAUUCCACAUAAAAGACUGUUGAAAAAGUGUGAAACAUAUGGUAUCAAGGGUGUACUAAAUGACUUGAUAUCGUCUUUUUUAAAAGAAAGAAGGCAAAGAGUUGUGAUGGGUGUAAACGUGUCUCCAUGGCUUGAGAUUUUUAGUGGUGUGCCUCAAGGCUCUGUGCUUGGUGCUUUGUUAUUCUUGAUAUUCGUAAAUGAUCUACCAUCAAUUAUUAACUCCAAUUGCAAAUUAUAUGCAGAUGACAGUAAACUAAUUAAAGUUAUAAAAAAUGUUGAAGAUCAUGAGUCUUUGCAGAAUGACAUUAAUGAAUUUACAUUUAUAAAUCUUUUUUUAAAGAAAAUUAGCAAAACAACUAUUAUAAUGAAAAUUAUAUGUGUUGGAUACUCUAAAACUGGAACUAAGUCAAUGGCAAAAGCACUAACGGAAUUAGGUUUUAUCGUUCACGACUUCGAAGAACAUUAUAAUAUCAACUUAGAAAACUACAUAACACUUUUAAAAGACAAAGAACAUAAAGGUUUGUUAAAAGAAAUGUAUGAAACAGUAGAUGCGGUUAUUGCAUUCCCUUCUUAUAUUAUUUGGCAAAAAAUAUUCAAAGCUUUUCCUGAUUCGAAAGUUAUACUGACAACAAGAGAAAAUCACGAGGUUUGGUUCAAUUCAUUUGAAAAGACGCAUAAUUUAAUGGAAAAAUCAAGAAGUAAAAAAUUCUUUCGGUCGUUACUGAGUUCCACAUGGUCGAAUAUAUAUUAUAUGGAAGAACUAGCUUUUAACAAAAUUUUCCCUCAAAACAUGUCAACCGCUCUUAAUAAAGAGAACUGGAUUAACAGCAUUCGAGUUCAUGAAGCGACUGUCAAACAUCUUGUUCCAAAAGACCAAUUGUUGGUUUACAAAGUCGGAGAAGGCUGGGAAAGAUUGUGUCAAUUUUUGAACAAAAGUAUUCCCGUCACCCAUUUUCCAAAAGAAAAUAUUACAGAAGGAAAUAAUGUGCCAUUUGUUACAAAAUCCAAAACAUUUAAGGUGUUUAAAAAGGCGGAUAACGAGUUUAGGAGGUCAUGUUUGUUGUUUUAUGUUAUUAUGACCUUGUGCUGCGGUAUUGGAUUUUUAUUUGUAAUGAAAAUUAAAAAUUAGUAAAAUACAAAUUCCAUUGUGUAACAA